AUGAAAUAUCCAUUCAUAGAACAGGUUUAUGGUGUCGAGACUGCAGCUACUCAAAACGCAGAAGAUUUGAAACAUACGAGAGUAGAGAAAAAUGAGGCAGCGGCAUUGGACGACGAUGAGGUAAUUGAUCUUUCUAUUUUAUUUAGUCAAACUAAUGCAGCUAAUACUUCUUUUUCAGAUAUGUCAGUAGAGCCAAAGAUAGAGGAGCCCAAACGGAAUGUGGUGGAGAAUUUUUCCAAGGAUGAGGUACAUGUACAUUUGGUGAAAAAUUUUGACGAGCUGCCUUAUCAUGGUGAGCUUCUUAAGAAGUUUUGUGCUGAAAAGAAAGAAUUCCAAUUUCAUGGUGUCGAGACCUGGCCUCCUCCAUCCUCUGCUGCAGCUGAUCAUAUCAGCCUCACGCGACUUUUGGAAUUCACCGAACGCCAUAGACCUAACUACCAGAGACCCUCGCUUGUGUUGACAGUGCAGAUCUACAGAUCUGAAUCCGGUGAUCAGAUCAACGGCCACCACGGUGACGCGACUGUCACUGACGAUUCAGAUGAACGGCCUCCACUUGCUGUUGCAGAGUCGGUCACAAAAAGACAGAUCCACGGCGACAUCGCCAGAUCUGUUGAGAUCUGCAGGUCCUUUCUGAUCUGA